UUGAGAAAUGCUCUGAAAGAGCAAGAGAAGAAAAAUGAGCAUUUGGAAAGGUUUGUUGUUUUUUGUUUGCUCAAAUUUUUCUUCAAACAAAAAGUGGUUUCAGAGAGCUGGAGGAGAGAGAUUUGGAGAUUAUACGAGUUCAAAUGUUGAAUGAUCGGCUUCAUAUGCAAACCAGAGAGUGAGUUUUUUCCUUUUUAAAGCAGAAUUAAAAAAAAUUAAAAGACAACAACGAGACUCCGCGUUGACGUUGCGCGCGUGGUUUGAAUUUCUGUUUUUCUUCCACCAGAAACUUGAUUUUUCCAUGCAAAUUCUCAUUUUUCUUCCAAAAAAAGCGAAAAAACGGGAAAAAAAAUAAAAAGAAAACAACGAGACUCCGCGUUGACGUUGCACGGGCGUCUCCCAGUGUGGAUUUACGGGAUGCAUUUUUUUUUAGUUUUUUUUUUGCGCAGAGCUGUUUUUAGUGGAAAAUUGAAUAAAACCAAGUCAUUUUCGGCUCAUUUUUCGAGAUUUGAGUAAAAAUUGCCACGUCAUAGGUAAUUUUUGCAAAAAAUCGUGGCGUAACCAAAAUUUUGCGCUGAAUCUCAUGAAAUUAUCAAUUUUCAGUGAGUUUCAGCUUUUUCAGCGCAAAAUUUCGGUUUAGAAAAUAUGGGCUUUCAUAUUUUUGUGAAUACUCAUCGAAAUGAGCUGAAAUUUUUCAGCGAACUAGACUAUAGUAAUUUUUUUCAGAGUUGAAGAUAUUGAUGAUCGCCGAGCCCAGAUUUAUUUCGAAACUUUGGACAAAUUGAAAAGGUUGGGAUUUUUUAAUUAAUUAAAAAUGUUUUUUGCUGAAAAUGAGCAGGACAUUGCUCAAAAAAAAGUCAUUGUCAUUUUUUGAUGAUUAAAAAUUUAUGAAUCAUUUGCAGAUAUCGAAAACAUGUGGAUAACAUGGCAUACGAAAUCAGCAAAUUGCGAAACGAGAAAAGUGAGCUUCAACGUUAUAUCGAAACUUUGAAAACCGAAAUCUUUAAUCUGAACUACGAGAGAAACGAGGAAAUGGUUCAACAACGUCACAGAUGGGCAUAUAAAAACAAUGUUUUGGAUAAUCAAAUCACAUUCUCCCGAAAUUUCAUCGAUCAUUUACAAACAAAAGCUAGAUUUGAAACCAGACAACGGGAGAUUGAUUAUUUACAAAAAGUCGACGAUUUGUAUCAAGGACGGCGAAAUUUGUUUAAUUAUUCUCCUCAUCCUGAACUCGAAAUUCCAUCAACUCCAAGUUCUCAAUCAGAAUUAUUAACUUCGGAUUUUGAACAUCUCGAAAACUUUCAACUUCUGCUUAUUGACACUGCUUCGGUCGCAAGUACUAAUAAUGAUCUCAAAUCUACUGAUAUUGCACCGCCUCCUGGACUUUCAUUACCUCAACCUCAAUCUUCUUCUUCUGUUUCAUAUUUUUAUACACCAGGAAGACAAUCACCGCCCAAAUUUGAUAUUAACAACCUCGAAGAUUUUCCAGAAUUGUAA